AUGCAAAACACGGAUUCCGAGCACAAGCGGCAUUCGCAACCCAAAUACUUCUGCUUUGAGGAAAGGACUGAGGCAUCGCAGGUAGGAAAUGAUGGGGGAUACACCGGGAUUGAGCUGGGAAAUCAACGAUUGGAUGCUCUUACUACUAUUGAGAGCUUCUUGGUGAAUAAGGGGGAUCCAUGCAAAGAAACUUUGAAUGUUCGUGCUAUAAUGGAUGCUUAUCGUUCUUGUGCUCUGGUAUUAGAUGGUCAGGCAACAUACUGGGGUGGUGGAAAGCUCCUGGAAGGACCGAAGACAUUUUCUUGGGAUUAUUUUCGGAGACUAAAUACGGUGGAGAAAAGAGCCGGUGGAGGAUUCUGGGUGGAGGGGGUGUUUGGCCCUAUGCCGCAGUCUAUCAAGCGUACUUAUAAGUCAGCUCCAGCUUUCAAAGAAGGCUUUGAAUUGGACCAUGUUGUUCGCUUUAGAUCCGAGGAAGCACAUAACGAAACCAACGCCCCCGAAUUCGAAGUGCGAUUUGUCGACGACACAGGCGCCGAUACAAUGAUGAUAUUCCGCGACGAUGUCCAACGGUUGAUGGGCAACCAAGCAACAAAGGACGACUGGCCAUGGGACCACAUGAUGGAAUUCGACCUAGUAAUACCUUCCGGACUCCAAAAAUUCGCCGUUCUAGUCAUAGCAGUCGAGGUUAAUAUGUAUAAUAAGCGUCCCGAGGAACUAGGACACCGUAUCCUCAUGCGUGAAUUAUGGACCAUAGUCCGGUGCGAAGUGAUGUUCGAACACGACUCUGUGGAUCAGAACGGUCGACGAAGGGAACGGCUGAAUGGACCUUGGCUACGAUCGUCGCUUUUCACGGCAACUGCACCCACGGACCGGAAGAGAUUGUUUGUUAGUACUAAUAAGAGGGAGUUGUGGGCGAAAUCGAUGCGCCGGCUGUUGACUCGGCGGAUGCAUUACCGCCUGCUUUUGUGA